AUUGGCUACUGCAAUGUGGAAUAGGACAGAUAAUAAAACCCCCAAAGAAAAGAUGCAGUUCAUUGUAGACCAGUGCGCGAAGCAAUUUGACAUGGAGAUGAGAGAUCGCGAAUUCAGCAAGGAAGUAAAGAAAAGAGGACGUAUAAGGGCCGGGACCUUCGAGGGAUGGAAAAAGGUGAAAAUAUUUUUUGAUAAAUAUUUUCUCAGUGCCAACUUAUAAUUUAUAUAUUUCAGAGAAAUAACAUCAU